AUGGGUCUGGCGCAGCAGAAAUCCCGCCGCAAGAUCGGCAAGGAUCCCAACAACACGAAAUGGACCAAGGACACCGAAUCCUUCGGCCAGCGGAUGCUGCGAUCGCAAGGUUGGGAGCCCGGACAAUAUCUCGGCGCCAAAGACGCAGCACAUGCCGUGCACCACACCGCCGCCAAUGCCUCCUUCAUCCGCGUCGCCCUCAAGGACGACAUGCUCGGGCUCGGCUUCAAGCAAGCCAGGGAUGACAGAGUGACGGGAAUGGACGUCUUCUCCGACCUGCUGGGACGUCUGAACGGCAAAUCGACCGAGGCGAUAGACAAGGACCGCCAGGCCCGCGAGGCGCUGAAGAGCACGUUGUACUGCGAUACCAAGUUCGGCCCCAUGCGCUUCGUCAGCGGCGGCUUCCUCGUGGGCGACCAGGUUAAGGAGUCUGUCGACGGCGAGCCCAAGGAGGAGAGCAAGGAUGAUGUCAAGAUGGAGGACAUCCCCGCCGCGGAGUCUUCGAGCAAGAAGUCGAAGAAGCGCAAGGCCGAGGAGUCGAGCGACGAGUCGGAAUCCUCCGAGGACGAGAAGACACGGAAGAAGCGCAGGAAAGAGGAGAAGAAGGAGAAGAAGCGCAAGUCAAAGGCUGCGAAGGAGGAUGUUUCCGAAGAUACCCAGGACGACGCGGAGAAGAAGGCCAAGAAGGAUAAGAAGAAGGAGAAGAAGGAAAAGAAGAAGGCCGAGAAGGACAGCUCCGACGCCGAGAGCUCUGACGAAAGGGCGUCAAAGAAGAAGAGCAAGAAGGAUAAGGCUGAGGCAAAGGAGACCGACGCCGAGAAGGCCGCGAGGAAGGAAGAGAAGAGGAAGCGCAAGGAGGAAAAGCGCGCCAAAAAGGAGGCGUCGCGGGAGUCCUCGUCCACGCCGGCUACGUCAACACCAGCGAGCGGUACUUCAACACCGGUUCUCAGAGGUCACCACGCUGUUAGAUCACGAUGGAUUGCACAGAAGAGGAUGGCAACUAUGGACGACAAGGCGUUGAACCAGAUUUUCAUGAUCAAGUCGCAGUCGUGA